UUUUGACUUGCCAUAGAGCUCCUGUGAUAUCUGCUGAACAGGUCACUGGUUCAUACUGAAGGAUCAGAUUGAGAGUGAUGGGGAGAACUGCAAACUGCUGCACUGCUGCUUCUCUGGCUGCGUUGAUCAUCCUUGUCUUGUUUCCUGUGAGGUCAAUGUGUAAAGAAGAGAUCUACAAAGCACUGAGAGAGGCGAAGCCAGACGGAUGUCUUGGUGAAGAUGCAGCGUUGAAGAGAUUUGAUGACAUCGAUUACGACAGCUUUGUGAGUCUAAUGGGACGAAGAAGUGCCGCGCAACCAAACAGCCAAAAAAACAUGCCAGUGCCGAGAAAAAGACACAUUGAUGAGGUUCUGGCUGAUCUGCUGGGUCAGAGGACAAGUGAGUGACUUCUGCAUUACUGAAAGGAAUUCACACAGAAAGUUAUUCAAUAUUCUGUUCUCCUUUUCACUUCCUGGUGUACUUGUAAGAGAACAUAUGACAUCUAUGAAUUCAUUUUUUUUGUUUGUUUUACUAGAAAUACAAACUGUCAGUUUUUGAUUUCCUCAUGAAUCACAAUCCAAUGAGUUAUUACAAUAUGUCAUAGUUUAAAAAAGGACGACAGCGUCUGCUCAUCUUGUCCAAGAGGCUUCUUCAAUACUGACGGAUGGAGAGUCCUUGGUAUGAAAUGUGGUGUAAAAGGUUUUUAA